AUGUCGGUCACCAACGACGACGUGGUCAUGGAAGGCUCACACGACAACGCUGACGAGACCCCUGAACCUCAAACGAUCGCAAACAACACGAUAACUCCUGAACAACUCCACGAGAUCAAGAAGGCCAGCAAAAAUAAGGACAAACAAAUCGCAAGCCUCAAACUCCAACUACGCAAUUCCCGCAACAACGUCGAACACCAAAUCAAAGAGCACAGAGAAGCAACACACGCACACUUCCAAUCAGUCAAAGAGGAACUAGAUGACGAAAUCGAAAACCUCAUGGCGGAAAACGAGCUACUGUCCCGAUUAUUGGAGGACAAGCGCGAAGAUUUCAACGACAAGUAUGAAAAGCUUUUGCUGGUCAGCCGAGCACAUGCGAGAUGCGUCGGAACAAGAUAUCAGCUCGUACAGGCAUGUGAUAUGCAGGAAGAAACUAUCUCGAGACAGUCUAAUCAGUUGAUGCAAAGACGUCUUGAGUGUGAAGCAAAGGACAGAAAGAUCUUGCAACUCACUGCCGAGAUUGAGGAAUUGGUCAGCCAUGCAAAUGAGGAAAAGUUCGAGGAAGCCCAUGAGAAGUAA